CAAUAAGAUACUGUUUUUAAUAUUUUGGAAUGGAGUUAAGUUAACAAAGGAAUCGGUACUAGGAUUAGCUUUUAUGUUGUAUCGAAAUUGAUAAUCAAAAACGGAUUUCCUAUAGAAAAUAAAAAAAUUGUGGGUCUAACAAGCUUGUUAAGAGGUGUUUUUUAUUCAUUUACUAUCGAAAUCUAAUACUAAAAUUUUCGACUGUUACAUUUGACUAUCUUAUCAAUAUAUUUUACAUUAAAUCAUGGGUUCUGAGCAGUCCAUGCCACCCAAAAAGCAACCACAGCGAGCCCCACCCGUGCGAAGAGGAUACACUAUAGCUGGAACCAGCUUUGUUGAAGGAAGACGGGAUGCAUCAGCCAGUGGCAACAAUUCUCCUGGAGCCAGUAUGUGCUCAGAUUCAGAACUUCCAUAUAUAUCAUAUACUGUAGAUAGGCCUAUUGGUGAUUCACCAAAACACACUGCUAAAAAUCGUGAUGCCAAAAAAUCACUUCAAAGAAGACAAAUGGCUCAGGCGCAAGCUAGGAGAUCCCAACGUGCAAGAGAUAUAGUGGUUGUGAAGGCUGCUACAGAUACUCAGCUGGAUGAGGAUAUACGCAGGCUGCAGGAAAUCCCCACAUUUCUACCAAUUAUGAGGGGAACAUUGGGUCUACCUGGUGCAAGGGAUCCGGAAGUCUUGGAAGGUCUAGACUAUCGCCCAUGGGCGCGGUUAAGUUCCCGUCUUCAAGCUCAUUUAGCGGCAUGCGCACAUCCCUUAGCUCAAACACAAGGAUUACUAACAUCACAAAUUAAACAAAUAGACACAGAAGUGUCCCGUCUUUAUAGUCAAGCGGUAGAACGACAACGGAACAACGCACGACACGCGGAACGUCUCGCGAGAGUACGGGAGUUAUCACAUCAACUUGCAAGAUGUAAUUCAUUGCUAACACGGUCACUCCAAGACGUUGAAGAGUUAAACCAGAUGUUACCCGAGGACAAACGACUUGCGCCCUUCGUAUGGAAUUCACAGAAGUGUGCUUGAAUUGUCCAAAUCAUUGGAGCUGUUUAUAUACAAACGCUAAUAGUUAGAUUGGGCAUGGAGGAGUUUUAUACUGGACAAGUUUAUAUAGAUACAAUUGAAUUAUUAUUUGACGAGUCUUUAUUAUUAAACUCAUACACAGACCCCAAUAUAACGGGAGCAGCCCUUUGAUUUUUUUAGAUCGAAAUCUUAGUGAGAUUCGAUAUCGAAAGGAUAUGUAGUCAUGAACACUUGUUACCAUGGUUACGAUUAAAGUAAAAACUAGUUUAAUAUAACAUAAACAUCCUUGCUUGUAUUAAUUAUUCAGUCUGUAAAAUAAAAUAAUGUAACAUGUGUGUGUACACGCGUCAGAAGUUAUACUUUGGCGUAAAAGAUAAAAAUCUUUUUAAUUUUCACCUUGUUCUACGUUUGCACAAAAAAGGUUUUCUUUGAAAGUUUUAUUAUAUCGCAUUAUCUAGUUAAAUAAAGUUUAUUUAAAUAUCACAAAAAAAAUAUUUCUACAUGAUUAAAAAAAUUGUAUUUUUUUUAUUUUAAAAUGUUGACUAUGCUAAACUCUAGUGUUGUGUUUUUUUGUGUGCGCGCGCAUCGUAAAAAUUUACUCUCAACAUUUUUUCCUAACGCGCCAAAAGUGUAACUUGAAACAAUAUUUCAGACAAAAAUAUCGAUGGAACUGAUGUAUAGGAGUAACUAGUUAGAACUUAUACAAGUAUUAAUAUAUUUAUUACUACGUCUAAUAAUUAUAUAAUCAA